GUCUACGUGCCAUCAUCCUCGUCCUCAGAUGCAGUUUAAGCCUGAGCUCUGACAGGACGCUCACUGUGUCUCAGUGUGACCUCGACGCGGCUCAGAAAAUGGUGACUGGAGGAUUUUUGCAGAUGCUCAGGAAGAGAAAGGAGCUCAUCCCUCUGAUCGGCAUCACGGGGCUCGCAGCGGCGGGAGCCACCACGGCCUGCUUCUACUUCCUGUUCACCAAAUCAGACGUCAUACUGAACAAAAGCAUGAACCCUGAGCCCUGGGAGCAGCUCGACCCGACUAAACCACGCAAGCUCCUCACCAUUAAUCAGCAGUGGAAGCCGGUGGAGGAACUGGAGAUGGUGAAGAAACUGACCAAGUAAUCAUCUCAUAAUGGUGUGUGUGUGUGUGUGUGUGUGUGUGUGUGUGUGUGUGUGAAUCUGUGUAAAUAAAAUAAUUAAUAAAUAAUUCCAUUGGUACUGACACACUGGUGUGUGCGGUACAGAGCUGCAGUCAGACUGAUGUGUAAAAUAAAAAUACACUGAUGUAUUUAUUUGGAGAUGAAUGUUUAUGACAUCUUUAUGCAAUGACCACCGACGCCUUGACGUGAUCACAUGACUCCGCGGUCACGAUCACAUGACACCUCAAAACCACCUGAAUGUCUGUAACUCUGCUCUGUAACAAAUGGAAAAUAAACAUGAAUAAAACAAA